GAAGAGAGAGGCAGAAUCAUGUUACCAGAUCUUUCACUACUUACAUGCACCUUAUUUUAUCUCCAUAUCUAUCUUCCCAUCUGGGCAAAAGGAGUUAAGCCAGUAUCGGCCUCACCAAUGAUCUACAAUAAGCCAUUUACUGUGAUUUGGAACACACCUACUGCACGCUGCAAAUCUAAAUUUAAUGUUGAUUUGAAGCUGAAUGCUUUUGAUAUUGUUGCAAAUGAAAAUGAGAUCUUUAUGGGGAAGAAGAUGACCAUAUUUUACAAAAUCAAGUUGGGGCUUUAUCCAUUCUAUACCGCUGAGGGCACUCCAGUGAAUGGUGGCCUUGUCCAGAAUGCCAGUUUGUGCAACCACCUCCAAGUAGUAGGUGACAACAUGACCAACUUGAUGGAUCCAAACUUCCGUGGUCUUGUGGUAAUAGAUUGGGAAGAGUGGCGACCACUUUGGGUCCGUAACUGGGGUAAAAUGGAUAUCUACAGGAAAAAUUCUGAAGAAUUAGCAAAAAGAAAAUACCCCCACUUAACUGAAAGUGAGCUUCUCCUGAUUGCCAAAAAGGAAUAUGAAGGUGCUGCAAAGAAUUUUAUGACGAAAACACUAAAACUAGGACAUAUUCUGAGACCACAGGCUUGCUGGGGCUUUUAUAAAUAUCCAGACUGCUAUAAUUAUGUUAAGAAGAAGGCACAGCCCAAUUACUCAGGUCAUUGCAAGGAAGAAGAUAUCCCUAGAAAUAACCAGUUAGCAUGGCUCUGGAAGGCAUCACGAUGCCUAUAUCCCAGUAUCUACAUCCCUGAGAAGCUAAAAUCCUCAAGUUAUGUCCAAAAGUUUGUUCACUACCGGAUUAAGGAGGCUCUCCGUGUUGCUGCCCUUGAUCCAGUCAGAGGUGCUCUGCCUGUUUUGGCUUACUCCAAAUAUGCAUAUAUAAAAACACUUGACUUCCUGAGUGAGAUUGAUUUGGUACACACCAUUGGAGAGAGUGCAGCUAUGGGAGCCUCUGGAGUGGUUUUGUGGGGGAAUAAUGACCUUUCACGUACCAAAAAUCGCUGUAAGGCGUUAAAGAACUACAUUGACAAGAAACUUGGAAUAUACAUUAUAAACACGACUACAGCUGCCAUAUUGUGCAGCAGGAUUCUGUGCAAUAACAACGGACGAUGUGUACGGAAAAACCCUGAAUCCAAAGUUUACCUACUUCUUGAUCCCAAAAGCUUUGACAUUAUCCCCACUGUUACUUCCGCCAAAUUUGCACUAAAAGCCCGAGGAGAAUUCCAUUCUGAAGCUGUGAAAAGCAUGAAAGAGCAGUUCAAAUGCCAUUGCUACAAGGGAAGGAUGGAGCCUGAUUGUAAGAAAAAAUCAAAGUCUUAG